UGUUGGUUCAUCGACUUUUGGAAUGGUCGUGAACUGCGUCCCAUCUGGUUUGGUCUGGACGUAAAGCUCUUUCUAUAUCGACCUGGUUCUCUCAUCUUCCUAGUUCUUACUGGCUGCACUGUGUUGCAACAUUGGGAAAAGUAUAAUACUGUUAGCCCGACGCUUUUAUGUUAUUUUCUUUUCGGCUACUUUCUUGUCUUCGAUUUUCUUUUCUUCGAGCACAACCUCUUAUCUACAUUUGACGUCCAACACGAAGGUGUGGGGUUGCACUUCGUGCUAAUGAAGUUGGUUGUAAUUCCCUUCGUCUACUCUCUUACGUUGGCGUGGAUGGCAGAUAAACCACAUCUCGGCCGCUUGCCUGGUCGCAUAACUGGUUGUAAUUACGUUGCCCUCGGAUUGGGUUCAAUCAUAUUCUUAAUUGGUUACUUCAUUCAUCGGGCUUCAACUCGACAGAAGGAUUUGAUCAGGAGAGAUCCCCAUCACCCUAGCUUAUCUGGUAUGGCAAUGAUCUCCACUAGCAGUGGAAAGCGUCUUCUCGCUGGCGGCUGGUGGGGCAAAGUUCGUCAUCCAAACUACCUGGGGAACCUUCUUAUGGCAUAUUCAACAGUCAUCAUAACAGGCUGCUGUCGUUCCUUCGUUCCUUGGAUUUAUCCGGUGGCUCAGACAAUCCUUCUCAUCCAUCGAAUCUGGCGGGUCGAAAAUUCAUGCGAAGAAAAACAUAUGUAUGCAUGGGAAAACUAUUGCCAUCUAGUCCCUUACAGACUCAUUCAUAAAAUUUUCUAA